GACCGGAGUCCCACAACCUAGCGUGGAAGCAUUAGCGACGCUCCAAGAAAGAAAGAAAAAACGGUGGCCUCUUGCAGCAGCCGCCGCCGGCCGGAGUAGCGCCUACCGCUUAAGCAAGGACCGGAGGCGAGGCGAAGCGAAGCAAAGGGAAGGGAUGGAAGCGCGAGGCAGCAGAGAGAGAGCGGCGCGGCUCCUGAGGCUGUGGGUGGUGGUGAUGGCGGCGGCGGCGGGGGCGCGGGCGCAGCUGCAGGUGGGGUUCUACGACAUGCUGUGCCCUGCGGCGGAGAUCAUCGUGCAGGAGGAGGUCAGCAAGGCCGUGUCUGGGAACCCCGGCGUCGCCGCCAGCCUCGUCCGCCUCCACUUCCACGACUGCUUCGUCAGGGGCUGCGACGCGUCCGUGCUGCUGGACUCGACCCCGGGCAACCAGGCUGAGAAGGACGCGUCCCCGAACACGAGCCUCCGGGGCUUCGAGGUGAUCGACAGCGCCAAGACGCGGCUGGAGCAGGCCUGCUACGGCGUCGUCUCCUGCGCCGACGUGCUCGCCUUCGCCGCCAGGGACGCCCUCGCGCUGGUGGGAGGCAACGCGUACCAGGUGCCGUCGGGGCGGCGGGACGGCAACGUCUCGGUGGCGCAGGAGACGAGCGGGAACCUGCCACCGCCGACGGCGAGCGUGAGCCAGCUGAACCAGAUCUUCGGGAGCAAGGGCCUGACGCAGGCGGACAUGGUGGCGCUCUCCGGCGCGCACACCAUCGGCAACGCGCACUGCAGCUCGUUCGACAGCCGGCUCUACGCGUACGGGCCCAACGCCGGGCAGGACCCCAGCAUGGACCCGUCCUACCUGGCCGCGCUCACGCAGCAGUGCCCCAACCAGAGCGGCGGAGGGCCCGACGGGACGGUGGCCAUGGACCCCGUCACCCCCACUGCCUUCGACACCAACUACUAUGCCUCCAUCGUCGCCAAGCGCGGCCUGCUCGCCUCCGACCAGGCGCUCCUCGCCGACCCGACCACCGCCGCCCAGGUCGUCGCCUACACCAACAGCCCCGACACGUUCCAGGCAGACUUCGCCGCCGCCAUGGUCAAGAUGGGCGCCAUCGGAGUGCUCACCGGCACCGCCGGCACCAUCCGGACCAACUGCAGGGUCGCCAGCUGAUCCCGUCCGUGUCCAUCCAUCGGUGGGCGCGCUGUCUUGAACCUUCAUUCCUUGAUUGGGGGGUGGACCGUGUGAUUAAAUUGUAUGUAAUGCGCGGCUUAGUAGAGUGUUGCUCUGCCUCUGAUAAGGAUGGUUCAAUCGUGACGGGCUGUAGCUGUGUACGACUUAGUAGAGUGUUGGUUUACAUUUUUUUUGGUCGUCCUCUUCUUCUUCUAUACUUUUUUUUAUGGUUCUGAUGAUGAGAGAUAUAUAGCUUUGUUUAUUCUUUUAUUAGCUUGAUUGAGUGCUUGUUUGUAACCAUGAGCCGGAGGUCAUCAAGAAACUGUAUGUAUAUCUAAGGAUUGCGAGAACAGUGGUCAAUAAAAAAGUGUAGUUACAGAAA